AUGGCGCGUUGUUUACUCGAAAGUUCGACAUUGCCUCAAUAUUUGUGGGGAGAAGCCAUUAAUACAUCGGUGUACUUGAGAAAUAGAACAAUAACUAAAGUGUUGAAAAACUUAACUCCUUAUCAAGUGUGGUAUAAAAGGAAACCUUCGGUGUCACAUUUUAAAAUUUUUGGUUGUGACGUGGUGGCUUUAAAGAAAGGGCCAUAUAAGGGUGGCAAAUUCGAUACAAAAGGCACUAAACUAAAAUUUGUUGGCUAUGCCGGAAGUGCUAAAGGCUAUAGACUUUAUAAUCAAAACAAGCGAAGUAUUGUUAUAGCUCGUGAUUGUAUAUUUUUUGAAACGUCUUUUGAACCAAUUUUAAUACAAGAAGACGUUAGUGAAGAAGUACCUUUCUACCAUGAAAUAAAAGAGUCAUCUCCAUCGGAUGAUGGCAAGUGCGGUGAAAUUCAGAAUGAAAGUGUUGUUGAAGAGCAACUCGAAGACAAUGGCGAUGAUGAUGAUGAGGGGUAUUCUUUAGAUGAAGAAAACGACCCGGUAGUUACGCGAAAAAGAGGUCGAGGAAGACCAAAAUUAUUACGAACAGGUACUGUUGGUAGACCAAAAAGACGGUAUAAUGAGGUAGAGGUUUUAAAUUACAUUGCUGAGAGUCCUGAAACUGUAGAAGAAGCUUUGUCUUCGCCAGAACGUGAAUAUUGGGAGGAAGCUAUGCAAAUAGAGUUCGAUUCGCUUAUUAAAAAUAAUACGUGGGUGUUGGUGGACCGACCAAAACAUAAAAACGUCAUUGGUUGUAGGUGGGUGUUCACCAAGAAGCGAAAACCAUGUGGUCGUAUCGAAAAGUACAAAGCGAGAUUGGUAGCUCAGGGGUGCUCCCAAAGGCGCAACAUUGAUUACACCGAGACUUACGCACCUGUUGUACGACAUUCGACCAUUCGAUUGUUGUUGGCUUUAGCAGCGAAGUACCAACUGGUGGUUAAUCAUGUCGAUGUAGUAUCAGCUUAUUUAAAUGGUGAUUUAAACGAAGACGUCUUCAUGGCAGGCCGCGAGUGGAACAAAAAGAUCUCCGAAAUCCUCACGACUAUGGGCUUCAAAAGAUGUCAAGCGGAUAGUUGUGUAUAUUUUAAGAGGGAGUAUAGUUCCGUGUGUCUUAUUGGUUUGUACGUGGAUGAUAUGCUGUUAGCUUGCUCUAAUGCAGGGCAGACGAAAAUUAUUUUAAAGCAGCUAAAUGAGUUUGUUGAAGCUGUAGAUAAAGGGCCGGUAUCGUUUUAUUUGGGUAUGGAAAUAGAGAGAGAUGCAUCUACUGGCACAAUAUCAAUUCAUCAAGAACAUUAUGUGAAUCAACUUCUUAAAACAUGGGGAAUGGACUCAUGCAAGUCGGCAAAUACGCCUUGGGUUGAUGGCACGGUACUCAAGAAGGGUGAGAAGCAGUGUAAAGAUAUUGACGCGAUGCGAUACCAAAGUUUAAUCGGAGGGUUGAUGUACCUGGCGGUAAUAUCUAGGCCAGAUAUCGCCCAUGUUGUAUCUAAAUUAUCACAAUAUAAUAAUCAUCCACAUGAAGAACAUUUUAAAGCCGCGAAGCACGUGUUACGAUAUUUGAAGCAGAGUUCAGCAGCGAAAAUUACUUAUUCAUCUACAGGCGAAAAUUUGGUGUGCUACACAGAUUCCGACUGGGCUGGUGACGUAUCUGAUCGCAAAUCAUACAGCGGUUACGUAGUAUUCAUGUCUGAUGGUCUGGUUUCUUGGGAAUCAAAAAAGCAGUCUAUCGUUGCCCUCAGUACAAUGGAGGCAGAAUAUAUAGCUCUAUGUCAAGGCGCAAAAGAUGUUGUUUUUCUUCGAGGGUUGUUGCGUGAAAUGGGGUAUGACGGAUACGUAAAUGAACCUACGAACAUGCAUUGCGAUAAUCAAAGUGCACAAUUUUUGCUGAAGAACCCGAUGGUGCACAAGCGCAGUAAACACAUAGAUUUAAGAUUUCAUUACGUCCGUGAGUUGUUUGAAAGGGGCGAAAUCGAGGUAGCGAUUAAAAUUAUCGAUAAGACAUGCCUCAAUCGCGAAUACUUAACCAAAACAUUCCGCGAGAUUUCCAUUUUGAAAUCUUUGCGCCAUCCGCACAUUACCCGCCUCUAUGAGGUGAUGCAGUCCGAGACGAUGAUCUAUCUCGUUACCGAGUACGCGUCCAAUGGCGAGAUAUUCGAUCAUCUGGCAGAGAAUGGCCCGAUGAAGGAGCACGAAGCGGCGCGCGUUUUCACACAACUGGUCUCGGCUGUGCAGUAUUGCCAUUCGAUGGGCGUGGUGCAUCGUGAUCUCAAGGCGGAGAAUGUUUUGCUCGAUAAGGAUAUGAAUAUUAAGCUCGCCGAUUUCGGCUUCAGCAACCGCUACGAAGAGGGCAACCCGCUGACCACAUGGUGUGGUUCACCACCAUACGCCGCACCUGAAGUCUUUCAGGGCCUGGAAUACGAUGGACCCAAGGCAGAUAUUUGGAGUCUUGGCGUUGUGCUGUAUGCGCUGGUGUGUGGCGCACUACCCUUCAAUGGCGAUACGCUGCUGGAGCUGAAAGGACGUGUGGUCACUGGAAAAUUCCGCAUCCCAUAUUUCAUGUCAAGAGAUUGUGAGCACCUGUUACGCAAUAUGUUGGUCGUUGAGCCGGAUCGGCGGUAUACAUUGAAACAAAUUAUAAAACAUCGCUGGCUAAGCGAUUGGGCAGCAGAACUUGAUGAUGGUAAUGGCAGUGGUGGCUGUAGGAGCAGCGCAGCCGCCUAUACACAACAUUCCGACGGCAGUCCACUUGCACGGAGCGACAGCAGUAGCAGCUGUAACGCGCAAACGCCGGUGACUGUUGCCAACCUAGAUACUGAGAUAAUGAAGAAUAUGCUGCAAUUGCCAGGCUUGACCGCCGAUAUGAUUGCCGAGUCUGUGCACAAUCAUCGCUUCGAUAAUAUAUAUGCCAUAUACAAUUUGCUUGCCGAUAAGCUCCAACAAAAGCGACGAGAGCAUCAUAGAAUGCAGCAUCAAGUUGCCUAUUCAAGAUUACGCAAAACCAGCAUAACCACUGGCGUGGUUGACCGCUCUGAGCCGAUCAAGCAGGAGUCUAUCGAUCGCUUGAGUCCGCUUACCAACACCAAUGCUCUACAAAGUGGGCUAGGCUUUCAAUGGACAGAUGUUUCGGUGGAUUUGGAGAAAUUUGGCGAUUUCGAAUUGGAAUGCCUGGCGCGGCCAAAUGAGCCACAAAACCAAAAUCAAAAUCACCUGUGUGCCAAUGCCGGAGGAAACGGCACGAAUACACGGCGUCACACCGUCGGACCUGGCGAUGUGGCACACGAACAGGCGCUUGCCAAUCCAAAUGUGCCGCCAAUCAAUUUCAAAUGCACGCCUGAGAAUAAAGACGAAAGUGGUCCCUAUUUGCCAAUGAACCUGCCAAUGCUACAGAAUCAGCCGUUGCACAAUUUGACCAUCAAGGAUCAGCAUCUAUUGAAACCGCCAAUGGUGAUGGGUGCAAGUAAGAUUUUGUCUAACAAAUGUCAUAGUGCGAAAUGUAAUUACUUUAUGUUGUUGAUCUUAGGUUCAUUUGGACGUCGGGCAUCAGAUGGUGGUGCCAAUCUGCACAUCUACUAUCCUUCCUCGGUGAAUAAUAUGCAACAAGUUGCUGGUCAAGCUCAACAAAUGGAAUCGAACGCAUAUUAUAUGAAUCCGAAUGCUGCAAGUGGCGCGCCUACGGAUCGAAUUCUCGGUCAAAGUAUGGGUGAGCAAGCACAGCUGCAGCAGAUGGGUGCAGGCGAUGCGGUGAGCGAAGAGAACAGCGAAGAGAUUCAGAAAUACAUUCAAAUCCGUGGCAAGCGACAUACUGUCAGCUGCACCGAAGACCUAUCCAUACAACAUCAUUCCGGCGAAACCUGUCCUGUAUGUGGUGUAUAUGAACCGCCUAUGGUACCGCAAAUGCCCACCAUCAUGUCGCAACAGUCGGGUGCUGCUGGCACAACGGGUGGUGGCGGUAUGCGUACGCGGCGUACGGGUCUGCUGACCGUAACGGAACGACCGCCAGUGAUAAGUCCCGAGCUUAUACGCGAGGUGGAGUCGCGUAUGAAUCGAAAUUAUCUGCCACCCGCUUUGAAAAUGCAGCAGCAUCAGCCACAUCCUCAUCAGCACAGCGCACCAAAUCCUACACUCAGUCAAUCCCCUCCCACAGGCGCCUUUACGCCUUACCAUUCGUCACCCAGUUCAAAUAUUUUGCCAACGCAGGCGUUAGGCAGUGCAGGCAUGGCGGCGCAAGGCCCUCCUAGCGCCACUGGAAAUAGUAGGCGUGUGCAUUUCAAGUCCACCAACAAGCUGCCAACCGUGCAAGAAGUUGGUCGCUUCAGCCCUGUGCGUCGCGCUUCAGAGGGCUCCAAAGCACAAUUCCAAGGACCACUACAGGAGUGUCAGUAUCUACAAAAAGUAUCAGCACAACGUAAUUUUUUGGUUGCACCAACACCACCGCUUUCAGAAAACUCAAUUAGUUUGCCUGGUUCACCCAUACAUGGCAAACCCGCUCCACAUAUGAUAUUCCGACGUGGCCAAGAUAUUGAGGUGCCACCUGAAGCCGUGCGUGCUUUGAUGCCCCAUCUCGAUCGCCUCGUCAAGGAGCACCGACUGAACACCGAUAUAGCCAAUAAAAUCAUAUCCACUGGCAUGGUGCCAUUAGACUUAGCCUCCCAUCUGGGUUUGACAGCACACUCCGGCAGUGUUGCUGUGAGUGGCGGACAUCUAGAUAUGGCAUCGUCUCCCAUACAACAACAGACACUGUACAGUUUAAGUGUGUCGCCACUGUCCUUGCCAAAUAGUGUCAACACAAAUGUUAUAGGCGCCAUUAGUGGACCACUAACGGCACCACCACAACCUGCAUACAGCCACAAUAUGGGUGCACAUUCGAAGCAAAUGUUAGGUCAAGGUCCCUACCAACUACAACACUUGGGUCCAAUGCAUCCGCAAAUGUCCCAUCCCAGUAACGGGCUGGUGGGGCAAUUCAGUCACAUAACCCUAAGUCAGGGCGUGGUUACAUGUACCAGUGGUGGUGGGCAAUUCAGCGGUUCGAAUAGCAGCAGUGGUUGUCAGUCACCCAUCUAUAGUAGUUUCAGCGGCUCAUCCUCACCAAAUCCCUAUAUGCCAGGUGCGGGUCCAUUCGGUGCGGGCACAGGGGGAGGUGGUGGUGGUGGCUCGUCGCCACUGCAUCAAAUUACCAAAGGUAUUUCAGUGUUAUCCACUGGCGGUGGAGGUUCCAUAACGCGUGGCACUUCAGCUGCCAGUGAAAUCGCCUCAACCGCAGCCGCCGCUGCUGCUGCAGCCAACCAGCCGCUUGAUCUUUCCAUGGAUGUGUGUACUUCAGACAGCUCAGCUGCAGAGACGCCAACAAACGCAUUUGCUCAACAACAUGUCAACUGGAUGUUGCCGCAAGUAUCCUGCUUCGAUCUCAAGCCGUUAAAUUUGUCGCCAGCUCAGCCAGUACGCGUUGUACCCACACCGCCCGCCUCGCCCAACCUCUGCAUAAUACAAGAGGAGAAUGCAAGCGGGCAAAUGUAUCACACCAUCACCACAGGAACGCCGCAUGCAGGCUGCACCGGAGGUCUGGUCAACGAAGAUAUGGCUUCGCCGUGUCAGCCGUCGCAUCCGCAAAUAUGCCUGACGGAUGUGCAGGGCAGCGAGAUCACGCUUGUGGCGCUAAGUUCGGAAAAUAGCCGCGACAGUGAUUGCGAUUCGCUAGAGCCGCACACCUCGCUGAUGUCGUUGCAGGGACUUAUAAUCACCGAACCUUCCAGCGAUAUGCCUUCGAUUACACGCGGCACUGGCCGCAAAACGAGCUUAGAAUGCACUGUCGACAGCCACACAACCCGUUUGGAAAGUGACGCCGGCAACUCCAACACUUCUCAAAAUACCAGCGAUUCGAAUCGACGAGGCAGUGACAAAUCACUGGGCUUCUCCGACGAUUCACUCAGUAACGAUUCGAACAAUCUCUCGCCCUGUCAAGAGCCAUCCGCCAGCUCGGGCUUCAAAUCAGAAUCACAUUCCGAGAUCGGCGAUCAUACAGAGGGGCAUUUAUCACCCGAUUCCAUCUGUGAUUCGCGACGCAUGUCCGAGGAGAUGUACUACGAAGUGCCGCUGCCGCAUGAAUGUUCCAACCUCGACUCGACACGCAUACUAGAGUUAGUCAAACAAACCAUUGAUCAAACAAUGCCACCAAAAGGUGCUGUCCUGCACAAAGGACUGCCGGAAGAGUAUUGCGCCAGCGGCGGUGCCGCCAAAGUGGCGAGUAUGAGUGGUGAAGCGCGUCUAAGUAACGCUUCAAACGCUGCCAGCGAAUCAUCAGCCACAUCAAUGGACACUAGCAGCAGCACGUCGGGCUAUUGUUGGGGUGGCACUAGCACAAGUACAAAUCUAAGUUUAGAAUACUCGGGUGGCUUGCAAAUCGAAUUGCAAGUUUGCGAAGGCCGCAGUCGUGACAAUCAAACUGCGGGCAAGGGCAUCAAACUGCGACGCAUCUCGGGCGAUCAAUUCGAAUAUGGUAAAUUGUGUCAACAAUUAAUUAACAAAUUGACAAUGCAACAAGUAGUCGGUUAAAAGCGCGAGCGCGAGUAACUCUACUUAUAAUCAGCGAGAGCGCGCUUGUGCAUAAGCCACAGCCACUUUCAGACAUUAGUGGUGGCACACGGCGUAUGAGUAACGCGAGUAAAUGUGGGCGGGUAAAAGACAUUGAUAACACAAAAACUUUGCACGAUCAACACUAAGGGAAUUAAGAAAGUAGAUUAAUGCUGAAAUGCUAAAAUGCUUGGAAAAACAAAACCAACAAAAACACAUAUUAAUAGUAAUAAUAUCGUGCAUACGCGUACGAAAAGCGUUGAAUAUUGUAUAUUUCCCAUGUGCAUGGGCGAGUGCAUACUAUAACAUUUUUUUCGUGUACGUAACGCAUACGUGUGUGCAUACACAUGUAGUAAGAAAAUUCUUAUUGGUCUUAUUGUAUAAUAUUAUACAUACACAUGUAAGUCCUUUUAUUAUAAAUGUAACAAAUGCCGCAACUUCGCAGACUUCUAUUAGAUAGCGCGCUUAUUUGGCUUUUAAAGGGGAAACGAAGCAUCAGACAACAACUAGACAUUACUUACAUGUAUGCGCGUGAGCGUGCGUGCAUAAACCUGUAUGCACAUAUGUAUGUGUACCAGCUGUACAUAAUGUAGAUAAUAGUAAGGAUAAACAAGUGAAGCUAAAAGCUCGCGAAAGCAUGCAAAUUAUUACGCAAAUAACCCGGAUACAUUUCAAAUUUAAGUAUAGUACGUAAAUGAGCGAGGAGUACGUUUAAGUAUAUAUGUAAUAUGGAGAGCAGCAAGUAAGUGGUAGAAAACAACAACAAUGUACAUGCAGGCAACAUUAAUAUUCGCUUCGAAGAAAAGAGAAAAGAGAUUUUAAUGUAGUUCGUGAGUGCGCAUCGCUUCGUAAAUGUUUGUGUAGCAUAUUUGUUUGCGAGUGUGUACGCCUGACGCCUGUCUGAGUUAAUGUUAGCUAGUUAAAUGACAUUUUUAAUAUUCAUACACGAUAUGUACAUAUGUAUGUAGAAGUAUAUUCAUAUUUUUACUAAGCAAAUUUUAAUUAUUGCAUGUACAUAAACUUAUACAUAUAAAUAUUUGUAAGCAAUCUACAGAUGUAUGUAUAGAUAUUUUAGUAGCUAAUCGUUACCUCCUUAACGAUUUCGUCUUAUGCAUAGUUACACGUACAUACAAACUGCUUACAUAUACAUUUAGGUACUAAAUAAUAAACUGAAACGAUAGAGAAAAAAUAGAAAAUAUGGAAAUAUAGAAGAGAGAGAGAAACAGAGAGAGAGAGAGUGAGACUCCAUACCGACCGCCCAAAUAGUAAAGGCCAUAAAUGUGCCAAGCAUCUAUGCUUGAAUGAUUUCAAAAUUGCAUAAAAUUAGAAGAAUAAUUCUCAACCAGACCGAUCGGUGAGCCAUGUAGGCGAAGUUAAGCGCGAGAUUCCGCGGUAAUAGUAAAAGUAGUGGCUUGAAACCGACUGCGUAUUGUGAUUGCAAAGAAAGAAAAGGAGAAAGAAAGAAUCUCACAUUCUAUUCUUGUUCACUGCACGCGGCAGCAUAGGGCUUGGACAAAACUCUUCAAUCGUACAUGGUGCUGCGCUGUUGUUUUUGCGCCGUCCCAUUUGGCGGCCGCCGUAGCCGAACGGAUUGGUGCGUGACUA